GUUUCAACACACAAAUAACUACAGCCCACCGAUUCGCCCGGCCGGACCGUAAUCGAAUCCACACUCCAAAUCCACACUCCGAUUCCACUUCAAUUCCACCUCUGUACAUAUCUCCCGCACUCGAUGGCUAAACCAACCGUCCCUGCCCCCACCCACCCUGACUUCGCUAGCACACCAUGGGCGCACGCACUCCUCACCUUGCCCACCACCGUCCCCAUCACCAACAGCAUCAUCCUCGAGCCGAAGCAUACGCUGGGACGCGAAGACUCGCUCACGGCCGUCACGCUGCAAACCCCGUCGACGUUCCGGGCACUAUCGCUGUUCCGCAUUCUGCCCUGCGACGACGCCUGCCUUCUCAUCUCGCUGGGCGACGGCAUGAACGGCCACGAGGGGAUCCUGCACGGAGGGAUGGUAGCCACCAUCUUGGACAUUGCCGUAGCCGCCUCGGUUGAUACUCUGGCUGUUACGGCGUACAUAAACGUCGCUUUCAGGAGACCGGUGCCCACGCCGAGUGUCGUGCUGUGUAAGACCAAGCUGGUCAGGAAGGAGCGGAGGAAAUUGUUUAUCAAUGCUACGUUGGAGGAUGGGAUCGGCGGCGUGUAUUCUAUGGCAGAGAGUUUGCUUAUUGAGAUGCGCCAGCAGGCGAAGUUGUAAAACGGUGGGAAGGACCCGAAGCUCAGUCUUUGGACAGAUGUACAUACAUUACAAGGCGGUUGUUGGGUCACUCGGGCCGAUGUAGAUUUUAUGAACUGCACUGCUAUCAUGUGUGCAAAUGGCAGUACUGGUGCUGGUGGCG